UGGAAGGCGGUCUAAGCCCUAACGAUAAGCUAGCGCGACCAGCGGUGAGCUAAUUGGGUGGAGAAUACUAAAUAUUAUUUAUUCAAUUUGAUCUAAGAGCACAAUACAUAAAUCCAUUCAGUUGCAUAAUAUCGAAUCGAAGUCACUUUUGGGUCACUUUUGGUCCUGUGUGCAACACAACAAGAUGCCAAACAAUCAGGAUAUGGAUUAUUCGCAAUCAAAGGAUGCUUACGGGCUAGAUUCAAAUGCCAGCGUACCUUCAGAGCUAUCAAAAAAAGAAGUCACACCACAAACCUAUGGAGCAAGCUCCAGCGGCUCCUUGUCUAUCCCCGGUGAAAACAGAAAUGCAGAUUCCAGCGACAGUUUACUUGAAUCAGGAGAUCAGGAUUCUGGAAAUAUUCUCCCUAGGGAUAUACAAUUAAAAACACCCACUUAUGAUUAUGCCUUUGAGAAAUCAAUGAGCCACGCAGAAGCAAAGCUGUUUUACCAGCACCACCAAUUUGGAUCCCGCAAUGGCGACUGUGAAUAUCCUAGUGAAAUACCAGCCAUGGCAACCUUGAUUACCAAUGAUAGCGACCCAAAAGACAUGGACGGCUCACCCCCGCUAAUUGGAUCUAGCACUUUGCAGACCUAUCAAAGAAAGGAUCUUUCCCAAGAUGCACACCAUGCAGGUGACCUUGCUGCUUUUAAGGCAUUUUCCGAAGUCUAUAGGACACGGCAACAAGGCCGUGAAGGAGAGGAAAUCCAUUUGUCCCCGCAGGAAAACUUGGAGAACGUGAGCGACGGCUCUGGGGCGAUCCACGGUAUGAUGAACAUCACAGCAGACAGCAGCACUGUCACCUCUGAACUACAUGUGAUUUAUCGCAAGAUCAGAAGUUUGCUUGACCGGCGGGCGAAUUACAUCCAACUGUCUUUACAAGGCCCCAACGAUAACCCGAAGGAUCGUCCUGAUUGGGAUGUUUACCCACCACCCCCAGAGCCUGCUUGGGACAACGAGGGAGACCUUGGUAAAACUAGCGAGGCCGUUCAAAGCGACCAGAAAAAACGGAAAAUGGGCCAAGAUAUUGGCGAGGACUUUGACAUGACACAGUGCUUGCCACUACCACAAGAUUCCAGUUGGGUGUUUAGACUGGAUGAGAAUAGUGUGUACCAAGUUUAUGAAAAUGAUGUAGCCGCUGGUUUACGACAGCCUGUGGUCAAGAUACCGUCCUUAAGAGACUUCUACAUGGACCUUGACGCAAUCACGGAUAUAUCAACAGAUGGGCCCGCAAAGAGCUUUGCGUUCAAACGUCUGUCAUACUUGGAGGGAAAGUUUCAGCUCUAUGCUCUGUUGAAUGAAUACCAAGAAAUAGCAGACAGCAAGAAAGUUCCUCAUAGGGAUUUCUAUAAUGUUCGAAAAGUCGAUACGCAUGUUCAUCACUCGGCGUGUAUGAAUCAAAAGCACCUUCUUCGAUUUAUCAAGAGCAAGAUGAAAAAGUCACCCGAUGAAGUAGUCUUAUUCAGGGACGGGAAACACCUGACCUUAAAGGAAGUCUUUGAGAGUAUUAACUUAACCGCUUAUGACUUGAGUAUCGACACGCUUGACAUGCAUGCGCAUACUGAUUCAUUUCAUCGAUUUGAUAAGUUCAACCUCAAAUACAACCCUGUUGGUGAAUCGCGGUUGCGCGAAAUAUUUCUCAAGACAGAUAAUUUCAUCAAGGGGAGAUAUCUAGCAGAGAUCACUAAAGAGGUUAUCUCAGAUUUGGAAUCCAGUAAAUACCAAAUGGUGGAAUGGCGUAUCUCAAUAUAUGGAAGGUCAAUCCAAGAAUGGGACAAGCUUGCAGCCUGGGUUGUCGACAACAAAUUGUUUUCUCCCAACGUUCGUUGGCUGAUCCAAGUACCCCGACUCUACGAUGUUUACAAGUCAAGUGGAAUGAUGGAGAAUUUUGAGCAGGUGAUCACAAAUGUUUUUCAACCGUUAUUUGAAGUGACGAAAAAUCCGGGUAGCCACCCUAAACUUCACAUAUUUUUGCAGCGUGUGGUUGGAUUUGAUAGUGUCGACGACGAGAGCAAAGCGGAGCGGCGACUUUACAGGAAGUACCCAAUUCCAAGGGAGUGGAAUACCAAACAAAACCCACCAUACAGCUACUGGAUUUAUUUCAUGUUCACUAAUAUCGCCUCACUCAACAUCUGGCGCAAUAAGCGUGGUUUCAAUACUUUUGUCCUGAGACCACACUGUGGCGAAGCCGGCGACCCGGACCAUCUCGCAGUGGCGUUUCUCUGCUGUCACAGCAUCAGUCACGGAAUCCUGCUGAGGAAAGUUCCUCUACUACAGUACCUUUACUACCUGGACCAGAUAGGCAUUGCUAUGUCACCUCUCAGCAACAAUGCGCUGUUUCUAACAUAUGAUAAAAACCCAUGUGCCAAUUUUUUCAAAAGGGGCCUCAAUGUCUCCUUGUCUACUGAUGAUCCCCUACAGUUCGCCUUCACAAAAGAACCCUUAAUCGAAGAGUAUUCGGUUGCGGCACAGAUCUACAAGUUCAGUGCAGUGGACAUGUGUGAGCUUGCCAAGCAUUCAGUGGAACAGAGUGGCUUUGAGCUUUCUUUGAAGAAAAGGUGGCUUGGCAGCAAUUGUUGCCUGCCAGGAGUUGCAGGAAACAAUGUUGCGAAAAGCAAUGUCCCUGACAUACGUGAACAAUUCCGACAUGAAACACGAAUAGGGGAGCUGAAACUAAUUGAAAGAUAUGCGCGUACAGUAGAUGACGCAACAAUUGGACAAAGAGCUUUCACUUCUGCUGAUCAUCUCCCAGCGCUAGUGAACAAAAGUCAAACCAAUCACAGUUCAGGGUUGUCUCAGGGCAUGGGCCAAGCAAGUUGUCCAAAGGGAACCGAUGAGCAGCCUAGCUAUCCCAGUGUCCAACCGAGUGAAGAAAGUUCUCAUGCGCAAUCACGUAUUGUAGAACCUGUCCUAAUGAACAGCACAAGCACUGCCACUACUCUUGGGCAGCACAGUACAUCCUUUGUCACCCCCGGUAGCACAGAUGUAACCGCAUCUGGGUCGGACUGUCUGCCGGAGCCAAAGAUCUUCCCCGGUAUUGUGCAUGAAAGAGUUCAUCGGGGUAGUAUUCCAGUUCUUGAGGUGACGGGGAUGGAUCGGGAGGAAGGAAGUGGAAAUGGGGAGUAAGAGAUUCACAAUGUCCCUGUAGUGCUCAAAAGUAUGAUGUCAGAAUAGGACUGAACAUCCAGGUCUACUGCCAGAAUUAUUGCUUCUAAUUCCGGUCCUAGUGACUUUGAAUUAAGCUUCAUGACUUAUACUAAACUAGAGCUAUUAAACUUAAUGCCAUUAUUGCAG